AUGAGAUGCAACGACUCAGGACAAAAGCAUCUUCGCAGUGGUUUGGUGAAGAUGGAAAUUGACGAGACGAAGAAAUCGUUGCAAGCGCGACAAAAGCAAACGGUGGCGCUUUCUGAAUCAAGUCCCACUACCACCAUGAAGUCUUUACUUCCAACUGCGAAGCAAAUUCAAGCGGUAUACGCGAACCCAAAACAAUUAGUUUCCCCCCUUCUUCAAGUCAUUACUCCUGGGCAACAUCCUUUUGCAGAUCUAGCCACUGUGAACAAGGUGCCACGUGGCUUUGAAAAGAAUGUGACUAUUUCAAAGCCACCACCACAAGUUGCAGUGAAAGAGGAAGACCGAGAUGACGUCGUAAGCCAAUAUAACCAUCGGUUUGAUGAAUUUCGCGAAGUGUCCCCAAGAGUGUACUGCCUUUGA